UAUAUUGGUUGGUGACGAGAAUAUGGAAAACUAUUACAUUGGCGCAGAUGGACCCCUCAGUAUACCACCAAUGUCACCUAGACGUAUGAACAUUGCUGAAAAUACCCAGCAACUUGGCAUCGGUAACCCCAUGGAGUUAGGUGCACCGUCGACUGGUGAGUUUGGGGACUCCAACAUGAUUUUUGCUGCGAUAAGAGAUACUCUAGUACCAACGGUGUUGCGUGACAGUGAUGCAUUACCUUAUUUUGAUGAGCCGGGAGAAGAAGAUUUUCUAAACAGGGCGUUGAAGGAUGCUGAUUACGAAGGCGAUAGAAUUUUUGUCCGUAGAAUAUUCAAAAAUAAGGAAGAUUGCACAACCAAAAUGGCAAUCUAUGCAAUACGUGGGAAGUUCCAUUUUAUACACGCUAUAGUAUUCACGCUGAUGGUGAUGGCAGUUUGUGUUAGUUACAUGUGUCCAUGGCGUGUGUAUGUACAUAAAAUGGAAGACAUCGACGUUUCGAGAUUAGAAGCAUCACUCUACAACACACCUGUAGUGUUGAUUCUAGAGGUGACUUCUACAAACAAGCGAUCACGAUUGUUAUUCGAAAUCUUAUGAGGACACGGUACAUAGGGGUUGGUAGA